AUGAGCUCAACUUUAAAGUCUCUUCAAGGCCGCGUUGCAAUCGUCACCGGCGGAUCCCGCGGUAUCGGAGCCGGAGUCGCCCUCGAACUGGCCAAGCGCGGCGCGAACGUGCUCAUCACAUACAACCAGUCCAGCACACAAGCGACAUCAGUCAUCAACCAGCUGAAAGAACUCGGCGUCGAAGCAGAAGGUGUGCAAGCCAGUGGCAGUGACCGUGAUUCCCCUCGGCGAAUCGUCGCUAAAGCCGUUGAAGCUUGGAGUCACAUCGACAUUAUUAUCAACAACGCCGGCGCCGGCGACGACUCCCUAUUAUGCGACCUAACAUACGAGCUAUGGGACAAGAUCCUCGACUGCAAUCUGCGGUUCCCAACAUUCCUGGUCAAGGAAGCGGUACCGCACUUCGGGACGGCACCUCGUAUCGUCAACAUCUCCAGCGUCAUUGCACGUAUGGGAGGCUCGUACAGCACGGCAUAUUGCGCAACUAAGGCGGCAUUGGAAGGAGUGACCAAAGUUUGGGCGCAGGAAUUGGGACAGAAAUAUGGGGCUACUGUAAACUGCGUUAACCCUGGGCCGGUCAAGACGGAUAUGUGGUUACGAGACACCGAGCAAGAGGUUCUUGAUGAGUGGGAGACGAAGAUGAAAGAAAUUCCUGCUGGGGCGAGGAUCGCUGAGGUUGAUGACAUUGCGCAAAUUGUUGCUUUCUUGUCUGAGGAGGGCAGUCGCUGGUCGACGGGAAGCACGGUGAAUGCAAAUGGAGGACUUUGUUUUGUUUAG